UCAAUGUCAAAUCAAAGAUUUUUUUCCCGCGGGCCGCGGUAUCAAAACUUUGCCGAAACGAAAAAAGCUUCAUAUUACUUCAUAAAAUAUCGUAAUUAGUGAUGAACCAUGUCUUCAGAAGACUUGAAUAACUUUAUAAAGGCGUUAGACACAGUGAAAAAGGAUUACACGUGCGGCGUGUGCGGGGAUCUGUGUAAGGAUCCCGUAGUCUUGAAAAAAUGUUUUCAUAUACUUUGUGCUGAACAUACUCCUUUGGACAACUGUCCAAAUUGCAAAAUACCUUUGGAUGAGUGCGGCACGUUCAUCGACGACCAACUUAAAGUGUGUAUCCACUCCACUGCCGAACUAGACAAAAUGUUUGAGAAGUAUCGCUCAAAGGAAACUACGAUAACAUCUAGUAAUAAAACUAAGAAAGUUCCCGCUAAGAAUGUUGUCGGAUCUGGCUCUAAGAUACCUCUGUCUGACAAAACCAACUCCCGCCAACAGUUUAAUGAGACCCUUCAAUCAAAUGUAAGUUUAAAAACCAAUGUGAAUAAUGAGAAACGUAAUAAAAAAGGCGAGACCGCCCUCCAUGUCGCGUGCCGCCUCGGCAAUAUCGAGAAAGUACAGGAGCUGAUAAACUUGGGAGCUAACACCAAUACUAAGGAUAACGCAGGCUGGACACCACUGCACGAAGCGGUGCAGAAUGGAAGACUCGACCUCGUCACAUUGCUCCUACAGCACAACACAUUGAUAGAUGUUCCCGGUCAGGGCAACGAGACUCCCUUACACGAAGCUGUCCGCUACAACUUUAUAGAUAUUGCCGAAGAGUUGAUCAAGAAUGGUGCAGAUAUGAAUGUCAGAAACUGUAAAGGAGAAACUCCAUACCAACUGGCUUCUGUUAAUAUGAAGAAUUUGUUACGUGAAGCAGCUGAAAAGGUGAUGUAUACGCAGAGCUUCAACAUCUCUCACAUUGCCGCAUUAUAUGCUGAGUUAGAGUUUGAUGACAUACACAUUUACUGCUCAUCAUCAUUCCGUACUGUGCAUAACAAGUUACGAGCUUUAAGUAAACAUCAUAGUAACAUUCAUUUAGAAGUCAAGCUUACGAAGAAGGUCACUCACCUUGUUGUGGAUACUGAGGAUGGUGUCUGUGUAUCAAGUCUCGAUGUUCUUCAGGGUAUUGUGAGCAACAUUUGGAUCAUCAGUGCAGACUGGGUAACGAAAUCCUCCGAAGAGAAACUAGAGUCAUUUGAACAGUAUGAGGUGAAGGGAGUUGGAACCAAGUCCUAUAACGGACCUAAAAAUGCCCGAUACAACAAGUACAAACAACUGCCAGGCAUUUUCAAUGGCUGUCACUUCUAUUUACACAAUUUCAAUACUAAAUAUAAAGUUUCUAAUACGUUAGUCUUAACUAAAGCUAUAUUGACUAAGUUGAUCACUGAUGCUGGUGGGAUAGUGUUACGCAGAGUUCCCAACCCUGAAUCUAUCCCCGAUAGUGAGCAGUUGGUACCGUACCACGCAAAGAAAGACGGCAGGCUGGUUGACUGUUCACACUACAUUAUUUUCCAGGAGAUGUAUGAACCAAUGUACAACAUGAAGCAUUUGAAAGCUUUACCGAUGGGCUGGUUGAUAGAGUGCUUGGAGAAGUACGAAUUAUGUGAACCAUGGUGAUGUCAUUGUUGGGGAUGAGAGGAAAUAUCUCUUUAGUUUGUUUUUAAUACAAAAGAAGUGUAUUUGAUAUUCAUUUUUAGUUUAUUUAUAAAUGGAAACUUCUUUAAUAAUAGACAUUCAAUGGAAUCUCUUUGUCAUCAAAUUUGUAUGUCCAUUUCUAUCUAGCUAGCUAAUGACGUCAUAAGCAUUUAUUAUUUAUCAGAAUCUGUAAACCCUAAGUAAGUAGCUUAUGAUUGUAAAAUAAAUUAUGUCUUAUAUGUUUAAAAAAUGUCCACAUCUGCUAUGUCACAUACAUGGACAUAUUCUGAUAUAGGGGUGCUACCUACACUUUUAGUGAACAAUUAGUGCCUUUACAUUGAUUGCCAUAUUGAAGGACAACAUGCUGUCAUGUUGUACUGAUUGCUGUUAAGUGAAAAGGCAGAAACUUAAACUUUAAACACUCCCACUUUUAGGAUAUUAAUCCUUGUGUCACAGGGCUUUCAUGAUUGACUCCUUAAAUAUUGUGAUAAUAACUUAGAUAUAAUAUUAUUAUGUAAUGCAUUGCCUACUAGUUGUCCCAUUGGGCGUUAUGUUUUUCUUUAUUUGUUAUUUAAUAGUUUAUUUUGUAUUUUAAGUUUUAGUUAAUAAUUUUAUUUGUUUAUUUGUAGCUUGUAAAUGUAUAUAAGGUGCCGUGAGUUAAAGUUAAAAACACAGCUAAAGCUCAGGUGUGUUAGUGGUUGUAUAAUUGAGAUAGAACUUAGUAUAAUCAUUCUUCAUUCAUUAUGUAAAUUUAUGUAAAAAGCUCUUCUCGUUCUGCAUUUUCUAUGGCUGGGGAGGCCCGCUUUCUGCCUCUGUGCCAUCCUCAAUCACGCUCUGUAACCGAAAGAGGACUUUCUGGGGGAAGACUGGCAGCGAGUAGUACAAGCUUAGGGCAUAUCAAGUCCUCAACUCUGCCUACACUCGGCAGAGCGACUCAUCUCAGGGUUAGUCUUAGUCCCAGCCGAGAGCCGCGCGACAGUAUCCGGGUACGCACUCUGUACUCUCUCACUCACACACUACUCUUGCGCAGCCUGUUCGUGCCCUCCGCCUCCCCUGCGCACUUUGCGCAAUACGUGCCUUCAAGGUCGUCGGAAGAAACGGUCGCGCAAAGUGAAAGCCAAGUCCCAGGCCAAGGUCGCAAAGACCGAGACCCCCUCAGCCUCCGCCCCCGCUGCUGCCGCCUCUACGGCCGCGACUGUCCCCACCUCGUCUGGUAGGCAGACGGUCAUCCCUCGCGUACAAAACCCCCCGCCGAUUUUCCUUCAUCAGAAGGAAAAUGGAUCGAAGCGUCCUCGUGGUCGUCGCGCACCACGUUAAUUUCACGAGUGGCCAACUCAUUAAAGACGGAAUUAAAAUUAUUGUCCGGACGUCUGUCGAUUCCAGGUCGGUCACGAAGCGGACACCUGCAGUACCAUGGAUCCCGUUUCGAUCCUCCGCAAAUGAGAUCGAAGACGACCUGAAAGCCCAGGGCAUCCCUGAGCUCAACGUGCACAGAAUGCACCGCGCCAAGGGCCUAACGCCUUUUGUAAUCCUGAAUUGUAACCUAAACUGCAACCUUCCGUGUAAACUGUGUAAAGCUACCCUUGUCCCUCGGCAGCCUUCUUGAACACUGUGCUAAUAAAGGUUUU